AUGGGAACAUCGACUGCCCGGCCCCCGCCCCUCUCCCCCCUCCCCCAAGGCCGUCUUCCCUCCACCUCGCCGCUGCCUCCUCCUUCUGCGCCUCUUUCCUUCUCCGAGAUCUGCGGCCGCGUCUCCCGAGUCCUGGAGGAGAGCGUGAAGGGCGUCCUGCUGGUGCACUCGGGGAGGCUGGCGUCAAGCGAGAAUGAGACUGAGGUUCCCGCAGACACGUGGGUGGCCAUAGCAGGAGUGCAGCGCAGCGGCGACGGCUCCUCACAGCUGGAGUUCGUGGCCAGCUGGAGCGCCGCGGGACUCGAGAGCUACAAACCCAUCUGGCCUCAACCGCCUUUCGACUUUAUGAACAAAACCGUCAGAAUUGCUUGCAUAAAGAAACCGCAAGUGUUCGAGUUUGAGGACGGCGCCAGCCUGGACAGCGCGGGCGGUUACAUCGUGGAGAUUCUGAAGGUUAUACCGCGGGCGCGCCACAAUUUCACGGGCGUGCUGGUCCCCACUGAGGUGCUUCGGACUGCUCGUGCUCCGUCCAAACGGGUUCCUAUAACGGGAUGA